AUGAUGGAGACGUUGCAUGAGAAGUGGGUGCUGGGGCGGGAAGUGGUGCUCGCGGAUGCUCUUGGGGCUGGUGCGAACGGCACUGUGUACCUUGCCACGCCUGUGAAUGCGUCGGAUGAGGCGAAUCAGUUCUCUUACCCGUCGCGGUUUGUGGUGAAGGUGAUCAGGAAGGGGACGUGGCCGCCCGGCUAUGCGGAGGCCAUCAUGAAGGAAAUCAACGCUGUGCGGUCACUGCGGCACCCCUUCAUUGUGAGCUACGUGGGCGCGUGGAUGGAGGCGGGCUUUGGGGAGCACCGCGGCGCCGUGUGCCUCGCCAUGACGUACUGCGACGGCGGCGACAUGCACAACAUGAUCCGCGAGUACAGCAAGCGUGACGAGUACGUGCCGGGUGAUCUUGUGGUGAGGAUCAUGAUGCAGGUCCUCUCCGCGCUGAACCACAGCCACGCGCACCACAUCAUCCACCGUGACAUCAAGCCCGCGAAUCUCUUCCUCGUCCGCGACGGCGGCGCCAGCAGCAGCGGCGUGGCGAAGGCGCUCGUCGGCGACUACGGGCUGGCGCGCCCGCUCGAGUUGACGGUGGAGAUGGCGAGGACGCGCGUCGGCACGCCGUGCUACUGCUCGCCGGAGAUUGUGGCCGGCGAGGCGUACACCACCAAGACGGACGUGUUCUCCGCCGGCGUGACGUUCUUCGAGCUCAUGACGAGGCGGCGGCCGUUCUGGGAGAAGGGCUACACGGAGCAGCAGGCGUUCUACGCGAUUCUGCACACGGACCCGA